AUGGCCAUCUUCACAGAUCUGAUAGAGGAGAUAAUAGAGGUUUUCAUGGAUGAUUUCUCAGUGGUGGAGAAUUCAUUCGAUGAUUGCCUUGUGAACUUCAGAAGAGUUUUGCAAAGGUGUAUCGAGACUAAUCUGGUGCUCAACUGGGAAAAGGUAGCUUUUGAGGAAUUAAAGAAGAGGCUGGUAACAACACCUAUUAUAGUUGCCCUUGACUGGGAGCAAUCGUUUGAGCUGAUGUGUGAUGCGAGUGACUAUGCUGUGGGAGCAAAGGAGUCAAAACCACGCCUGAUUCGAUGGGUGCUACUGCUGCAAGAAUUUGAUUUGGAGAUCCGUGACCGAAAGGGAAUAGAAGUGGCUGAUCAUUUGUCUCGGCUGGUAGGAGCUGAAAAGAAGGUUGAGGAGGAAGAGAUUCUGGAAACUUUUCCAAAUGAACAAUUACUAGCCAUGAAUCUCGAGGCAACGCCAUGGCACUAUGGGGGAGUAAGGACAACUGUGAAAGUCUUGGAGUCGGGCUUUUACUGGCCAACAUUGUUCAAAGAUGCACAUCUAUGGAUAAAGGAGUGUGAUGAAUGCCAACGAACCGGGAAUAUUUCCCGCCGACAUGAGAUGCCUAUGAACACAAUUCAGGAGGUUAAAGUGUUUGAUGUAUGGGGGAUUGAUUUCAUGGGGCCAUUCGUUAGCUCAUAUGGAAACAAGUACAUACUCGUUGCUGUGGACUACAUGUCCAAAUGGGUGGAAGCUGCAGCACUCCGUACAAAUGAUGCAAAGGGAUUGUUGGAGAAGUAUGAUGUACGACACAAGGUGGCCACCCCAUAUCAUCCACAAACAAGCGGGCAAAUGGAAGUCUCGAACAGAGAAAUAAAGAGUGUGUUGACUAAGAAUGUGAAUGCUACUAGAACUGAUUGGGUGAGGAAGUUAGAUGAUGCACUUUGGGCUUAUCGAACCACUUUCAAAACUCCGAUCGGCAUGUCGCCAUAUAAGUUGGUGUUUGGGAUUGCAUGUCAUUUACCGGUAGAGUUGGAGCAUAGAGCCUGGUGGGCGUUGCGACAGUUGAAUCUUGAUAUUGAAGCUGCGGGAACAAGUAGAGUAAUGGAGCUGCACGAGCUUGAUGAGUUCAGAUAUCACGCUUUUGAGAGCACGAGAUUAUACAAGGAGAGAAUGAAGAUGAUGCAUGAUAGAAAUAUUAUAUAG